CCAUUGACAUCUAUUCGGCCAAUCAGAUGCACCUGUCGUACAUUUGAGGACGUGAGGAACAAAUGAACUCAUCAGUUGAAGUUUUGAUGAUUUAAGUGUGGGGGGAAAAUGGAGCUAUCCAACCUGCAGAGGCUCUUCUCCGCCUGUGAUGUGAACCAGUCAGGUAAAAUCGAGUUCGAGGACUUCACUGUGGUUUGCCGGGAGCUCAACGUUCCAGAAUCCGAGGUCCAAACUCUGUUCGGGAAGUUCGAAGCAGACGACGACGGAUGCAUAGACUACAGCAGGUUCUCGUCCAGGUUCCAGGAGGUUUUUCCGACUUCUUUGAGACCCGGUUCAACCGCAAACCUGGAGUUCGCCGCCAGGUUCGACACUGAAUGUGUUCUGUCUGAUAGUCUAACAAAGCAACUGGCUGAUCUUUACCAGACCAUUCAGGCCAGUGUAAACACUUCCGUGCUGCAGCAGUAUGAGCAAGUCGUCCGCUCCCUGGUCAGCCAAAGCCUGGACAACCGACUGGAAUGUGAACAGCUGGGGUCCAGUUUGAGGCGUGCCGAGGAGAUGAACAGCACCCGGCUGUCGGAAAUGGAGGACGACAUACAGCAGCAGCUUGCAGGCGCAGAGGAAAAAGUGAGGACUCAGGAGCGCAAGAAAAUGGACGAAGUUUUGUGGACCAUGCAGAGGAAACAUGAGAACCAGAUUGCAGACCUGCAAGACACGGUGGACCGACUUUUAAAGAGCCAAGAGGACUCUCACUAUGCUCAUUCCAAGAGGGAGGAGCUCAAAGUGAACCGUCAAAUAGAUGACCUUACACAGGAGAACAAAGUGCUGCAUUCGUCUUUGUUGGAGGCGCAGACCAACAUCGCCGUCCUCCAGUCAGAGCUGGACAAGCUGAAGAACAAGUACGUCGACGAGCAGGCUCAGCAUGAAAGGGAAACAAAUGAGUUAAAGAAGAUGGUGAUAGAGUACCAGUCGUACGCCAGUCACAUUCAGAUUCUACAGGACAUAAACCAGCAGCUGUAUGACAGCAACGACGGGCUGCGCUCCACCUUGACGGAGAAAGAACAGAGCCUCUCGCCUAAAAAUGAAAACCCUGCUCGGAGGAGGGAACCUAUCAGGCAGAGCACCCUAAAACAUGACGGGUCCAAUGUAGAUUCCAGGCAUUCCAUCCUGUCCAAUGUGUCCAUGUGGGCUGACAAAUACCUGGACAGUGGUGUCUCUCUACACAUGGACACCACCGAGAGCUCGGCCAGCGACUUUGACACCGACGACGGACGAGCCUCCUCGGAGACCGUACACUACAGUUGCUCCUGCGUCCAUUCCGAUAGCGAGUUGUUGGAUGCCAGGUCGGAAGCGGCGCUGUCAGUGGCACCGAGUGGAGGAAGUUCCAUUGCAUCAUCACGGAAACACUUGCCUGCUUUUCCGAUAGAGCUUCCUGAAGAGUUGUCUGACGUGGACAACACGGUGCCGAUGUACUGCCUGGUAUUAGCAGGAGACGCAGGAGCAGGAAAGUCCAGCUUCUUGCUGCGACUGACGCUCAACCAGUUCAAAACCGACAUGCAGAGCACACUGGGGGUUGACUUCCAGAUCAAGAAGAUGCUCGUGGAUGGUGAGAAGACCAACCUGCAGAUAUGGGACACAGCUGGACAGGAGAGGUUUCGGAGUAUUGCCACGUCAUACUUCCGUAAAGCUCACGGCGUUCUGCUGUUGUAUGACGUAACUUCAGAGAGCAGCUUCCUGAACAUCAGAAGCUGGCUGGAUCAGAUCCAGGAUCACACUGGGGAGAAAGUCCCUGUUUGCAUCAUCGGAAACAAGGUCGACCUGAGAGAGCAAGUGCCACAGAAACGCUGUGUCAGCACCUCACAUGGCGAGAAGUUGGCCGCGGCAUACGGCGCCUUGUUCUGUGAAACCAGCGCCAAAGAUGGGACCAACGUGGUGGAGGCGGUGCUUCAUCUAGCGAGGGAAGUGAAGAAGAAUGUGAAAACGGUUCAUCAUCAGCCUCCCUCUCAGGUCAAACUGGUUACAGAAAACGCAAAAAAAAGUUUGGACAGAUGCUGCCACCUUUAGAACGACAUUUUUAAACUCUGAACUUCCUCAAACACUCCAAUCAGCAUGAAGGAUUUUAUUACUGGGAAAUGCUGGAUAUUUAUUUCUUUGUAAAUAUACUUUUCUGUAAAGAUUCCAAAUCAUGUUUAAUAGUUUACAGACCCAAUAUGGGACAUCCAUUGUAUUAGUACUUUUUAGUAUCAUAAAAGCAGCAUAUGUGAUUUUUUUUUUCUUAAGUACAAGAGAAUGAAUAUUUUUUUAAAGCUAUCUUAUGACUCCUCAGUACACAUUCUCUUGUUCAGCACUUUUUUUUUUAAUAACACACAUUUUUUAAUAAAACUACAAAAAACAAAAAGUAUUUUGCGGAUUUAUGAUAAAAAUGUUCAUCGUGAGAACCUAAUUAUAUAUAUAUUUUUAUAAAAACGAAAAUUAGAUAUGAGAAAAUCCCAUGCUAUGUGAAUAAAGUAUUUUUAAAGAAAAUGUUAUCGUUGUGAGAAAUAAGUGUAAAAUAAGAUUAUAGGAGUUACUAGUUUUGUUUUGUUUUGUUUUUUUUAGUUUGAGAUUUUAUUAUUACCACAAAAAAGUGGGGGGACGUUUGAGAGAGAAAUAUCACUGUAAUGAAGUCAUGAAAAAAUGAGAAACAAUAUGUAAGCUAGGAAUAUUAUUUCUGAAGUGUUAAAAUGACAAGAAUAAAGUUGUAAGAUGAGAAAAAGCUGUUAUGCUAUAAGAAAAUAAUUAAUCUAGUUCCAAUAAUAGCCUUUUUAAAAACAGUACCAUAAACACAGCAAACAAAGUGUUCAUAAAUACAGGUUUAAAAAAACUAUUAUUUCUUAUCUAUUUAAUUCAUCCACAGUGUACAUAAUAUCACAUUACAGUCCGAACACAUUCACUUGUUGAGCACAUUUAUAUACACUUUAGGUAAUAACUUAUAAUAACAGAGAUAGUAAGUAUUUUUUACCCACAUUUUCUUUUUGUACAUUUUUCUAAUAAACCU